AUUGAAUUUAUUUAAUAUUUCUUCCGCCGAUGGCUUCUCAAGAAUUGGGUGAAUGAGUUCGAAGCCCACGGUUCCGCUACUGACAAGAAUGCGGCGUCAUUUGCAGUGGAGCAUAAAGCAGCUAACGGGCAGUUAUGCAGAUGGCCAGUUGUCUCCGCGCCGGGUUACCGAGCAGGCCCUGGAAGAUGCCCUCCUAUGGAAAACUCUCAACGCCUUCGUGCGCCUCACAACAGAGCAGGCUCUCAAGCAGGCCCAGGACUCGGAGAAGCGGUAUCAGCAAGGGCAGCCAAAGGGGGAGCUAGAUGGAGUCACCAUCGCCAUCAAGGAUAACUUUUGCACCAAAGAUGUCCACACCUCCUGUGCCUCGCGGAUGCUUCAGGACUUUGUGCCGCCCUACGAUGCCACCGUGUGUUCCAGGCUCAAGCAAGCUGGCGCUGUAAUUCUGGGAAAGACCAACAUGGAUCAGUUUGCCAUGGGCGCCGGCACUGUGGACUCCCUGUACGGACCCACCAAGAACAUCUGGAGCGAGGACCUUGACCAGGACCACUGGCGCAUCGCGGGCGGCAGCUCCGGAGGCUCUGCAUCCGCCGUGGCCGCAGGUCUUUGUUAUGCUGCAAUUGGCUCGGACACAGGCGGCUCCACCCGCAAUCCCGCCUCCUACUGUGGCGUAGUGGGCUUGAAACCCACCUACGGUUUAGUUUCCCGUCAUGGCCUCAUCCCGCUGGUGAACUCCAUGGACGUGCCCGGCAUUUUCGGCCGCUCCGUCAGUGACUGCGUGACGGUACUAAACGCCGUGGCUGGACCAGAUCAACUGGACUCCACAACUAUCAGACAGCCUUUCACUAGGCUGAAACUGCCGGAAAUCGGGCAAAUUGACCUAAGCACUGUGCGCAUAGGGAUACCAAAAGAAUACCACUGCCAUGGACUCUCCGCCGAAGUUCUGGAAACGUGGUCCAAGGUGGCCGAUCUCCUGGAGUGCAGCGGUGCCUCCGUGCGACAGGUUUCCUUGCCAAAUACGGCAGCCAGUAUAUUUGUGUACUCCAUUCUUAAUCAGUGCGAGGUGGCCAGCAACAUGGCCCGGUACGAUGGCAUCGAGUACGGUCACCGAGCAUCCGAUGAGCGAAGCACGGAGCAGUUGUACGCCCUUUCCCGGGCUGAGGGAUUCAACGAGGUGGUGAAGACACGCAUCCUUACGGGAAACUUCCUGCUCCUACGGAAGAACUACGACCACUAUUUCGAGAAGGCGUUGCGGGUGCGUCGCCUUAUUGCCGAGGACUUUGUCAAAGUGUUUGAGUCUUCAGACAAAGAGGAAGGCGUGGAUAUCCUUCUCACACCUACAACUCUAACAGAGGCUCCACUGUACAAGGACUUCGCCUCCCUGACCAACAGGGAUCAAUGUGCUGUGCAGGACUUUUGCACUCAGCCAGCCAAUAUGGCUGGAAUUCCCGCAGUGUCCAUACCCAUUCGUCUGUCACGCGCAGGAUUGCCUUUGAGCCUUCAGCUGAUGAGCAACAGCCUCAACGAGCAGUUGCUGCUCACCGUGGCCCGCUGGAUCGAGGACCAGGUGGGAUUCGACAGCCUGGAGCACAGUCAAGAACACAAGGCUAGUUCGUAAAUGUAAUCAACAAUGCUUUAAUUUAAUAAAAUCUGUUAUUGGUUAA